UCCUAAAAUAGUUAGUAAGCAAGUGUAGGUAGGUACAUUUGCAGUAACAUUCAAAGUAUUCUACAUCAUUCAGUAGAGUCAAUGGCAUCUAAUGUGACUUUGUCUUCAUUUCUUGAGUUUAAUAAUAUUACAUUGUCGUCAGCCCUCUCUCUGUGUCUUGACCGUGAAGUCCCAGAAUCAAUUGUCACAAUUUUCAUCUCUCUAUGUAGCAUUAUCUAUCUAUUAAGUCUCACAGGCAGCUGUCUCUUCCUUGUUGCUGUUAUUGCAUCGCAUCGGCUGCAUACAUAUGAUAUGGCUAUGAAAUCGCUGCUGUGUGUGCUGCUUCUUGUUUAUGGGACCUUGCUUAGUCCUCUCAUUGCUUGGCAUGUGACAACUCGAGGUGCUUUGUUUCUUACAAACCCAGCUCUGUGUCAAGUGUUUGGAUUCAGUCGGAUGUUGUUCGAUCUAUUCUGCCUCUUCACUUUUCUAAUUCUGAUCAUGGAGAGUCUGUCAGGAGUUAUUCAACCUCUCAAGCAUAAAGUCACUUUCAUGAAGCUUCUGCCACAAGUUUUCCUUUCGUGGCUCUUUGCUGUGUCGAUAUCUCUGGUAUCCCUGAAGGCAGGCAAUGGUCAAGAUUAUCUACAGUACUGUAGACACACUGGACUCUGUGGGCUUGAUUUGAGUGACACAAAUGGGCUGGUGAUUGUGUUCUUCACUGUAAGCUGUGGGUGUUCUACUCUGUUCGUCAUCAGCUGUGCUGUAAUACUAUACUUUGUCCGGGCAAUUUCCUUCCAUCUGAAACACAAAAACGACUUGGUAGAUGUCUUUUUCAAUCAGGGACAAAGAGGAAAUCUUCAAAGUGACAUAUGUACAUUAGCCGCACUUCGUCACAAACUGGAGUACUCUGUGGUGAUGCUGUGUCAGCAAGCAAUUUCAACUGUCAUUUCUGUUGCUGUCUAUUAUAGCUGUCUCUGGCCUAUUUACAUCGCGUCUCUUGUAAUGCCAAGUCGCUUGCACUCAAACCUGAGUGGCAACACCACCUGCAACGUUUGUAGCAUGACAGCUAGUGGAGACAGUGGAGACCUUAGUACAGACAAUGUCAUGUCUUCAAUAAUCUCGUCACAGCCAAAUGAAUCAGUGAUCUGUAAUCAGAUAACACACUAUGGAGUCUCUCCUUCUUCCCAACCUCUCUCUUUUUUCUUUAUGCUUCUUCUCAUUCUUCCAGCUGCCAUCAUUCCAUAUAUUUUAGCACUGACAAACCCAAAUGUAAUUGAGUUUUACAAUUCCAAGUGGCAGAGAUGCAGAUUACGCAAGUCACACAGAAGAGUGCAGCCACAGCUCAGUGACUUAAACUAGGACACUCAAGUGACUCGUGUAUAUAGUUUCAAAUUAACUCACUACAAUGUAAUAUAUAAACUAAGCAACCUAUUCAC